AUGUCCCACAAAUCAACUAUUCUACCAUACUUGAUUAAAUUCACGCCUAGUUCCCCACUAUCACUUUCUAAUGACGACCGUUGUUUAAACAUUUAUGCUUUUGAUUUGGACCAUACAAUCAUAAAACCAAAAUCGUCAAAUACCAAGUUUAGUAAAAGCGCAGAUGAUUGGCAGUUCAUGAAUUUUGACUCUAGAAGAUCUACUCUGGAUUACCUAUUUGAUAUUAGCAACAACGAUCCGAUUGCUAUCAUAGUCAUCUUCUCAAAUCAAGGCGGUGUCAUCACCGUCCCAAGAACUUCCAAGAGUUGUACCAAAUAUAUCAAUAAGAUUUUACUUUUGUUAAAGGCCAUCAAAAACGAUGAGAGAGGCGAAUCAUUAUUAAAUAGACUAUGGCUAUACGCAGCACCCAAAAUGCCGAAAACUCUCGCGGCAGGUAAGUAUAAGUUUGCAUUCUCAAGUGCCAGUAAAGGCUAUAUCGAUGAUCCUAAGAUUUUUGAGAAAGUUCGAAAACCAAUGACAGAAAUGGCAGAAUUUUUCAAAAGAGACAUAUAUAAUGCAUAUGGAACCUCAGAAUCAAUGCCUAUCAUCCAAUUGAAUUGGAUGUAUUACUGUGGUGAUGCCGCUGGGAGAAAGAAUGACUUCAGCGAUUCUGAUAAAAACUUCGCUGAGAAUCUGAAUGUGGAAUUUAAGUAUCCUGAGGAGAUUUUUCAAGAAUGA